UCCAAUAUCAACCCCAAUCAAAUCUUUAAUUUUCAUCUCUUUAAAUUUUCUUAGGUGCCAAGAAGGGUCAAUCUUGAUUUUGAUUUUUUGUGAUAAUGGCACUGUCUAGAGUUGUUGUUGGAUUGACCAUCUUUGUAAUUGUGGCAUUGGUCACUAUAAUUCCCUUUGCACAGGCUCAGGAUUUUGCACCUGCUCCUGCACCAGCCAGUGAUGGAACAACAAUUGAUCAAGGAAUUGCAUAUGUGCUGAUGCUGCUGGCUUUAGUUCUUACCUAUCUUAUCCACCCUAUGGAUGCUUCUGCCUACACCUUCUUCUAAAUUCGUCUCAUAAAUAUUAUUUAGAAUUAGGUCUAAAUUUCUUUAUUUUUUAUUUUCUUUAUCUUUUAGUUUGCAAUGUGAGUGGGAAUUAGAAAGUUAAAAAAUAGGGGUUAUAUUAACAAAUUCAUUCAUGUAUUAUUGGUAAUAACACAAAAUUAUAUCUAUAUAUGUUGUGUUUGUGGUUGCUCCUU